UUUACACACGGGGCGGGCCUUUCAUUCAUGUGAGUUGGGGGUGUAGGCCACUCAGUCAAAGACAAUCAGAGAUGUUUGAGUUUCCAUGCGCAGUGACCAGGGAGGUAAAGCGCACAGCAGUUUACCCCUCCUCCAGCUUCGACCUUUUUUCGGCCUCCACAACCACUAAAUCACACUUGAUUAGAGCAAGCUUUUUCUGAUUAAAAGGAAAACUGGUCAUGCGACGCGAUUUAUUCCUGCCCGAGGGAAGAAGGAAAAACUAGAUACGACCUGUUGGCGAUGAUGGAUUACUCGAAGGCGCAAAUGUCAAGCUUCACUGAGGAGGGGAAUUCAGCUGGGUUUCCUCCGCCUGGUAAUUCUGGGGUGAAGCUGGAGGCAGUGAUGGAGCAGUUGCAGAGACAACAAGAGGCCAAACUGGGGAUGAAUCUGCAGGAGAAACAUCUUCUUCACGCCCAGCUCCUCUUCGCCCAACACGCUGCUGCAGCCAGGGCCUCUGGCUCCAGACUAGACCCCGCAUUAUUUGGCAAAGCAGAUGGACAGACUUAUCUGGCAGCUCAACAGGCUUACAACAGCAGAACAGAUCCAGAUGAGGAAGAUGGAGACUCAGAUGAGGAGGAGCAGGAAAUGGUGGGGCCUGAAGGGAAUGAUGACAUGGAGGAAGAUGAUGAUGAAGAUGAUGAUGAGGAGGAGAUGGGGGACGGGCCUCGUCCACAGGCGAAGAAGCCGUGUCUCCAGCAGGUUCCUGGCUUCCCCUUCGCUCCUUAUCCCACACCUCAGGCGUCCGCUGUGAAGCAAAUGUCCCAAUCUCCUCCUCCAGUAGCAAUAAAAGAGGAGCAGGAGGAGAAGGAGCUGCUGUCUCCUGCAGGACAACAGGCCUUCACCUCGCCCAAUGGCUUCGCUGACUGGGGCUUUGAUGAGUCGUUCAAACAAAGAGGAAGUGCCAUCUGGGCUGAGGAGAGUGACGGAGCAAAAGUAAAAGCUGAACCAUCAAGGGACUUCGCCAAGCUUUAUGAACUUGAUAAUGACCCACAACGGAAGGAGUUUCUUGAUGACCUCUUCAUUUUUAUGCAGAAACGAGGAACUCCUGUGAACCGCAUUCCCAUCAUGGCGAAGCAGGUGCUGGACCUGUACCGGCUUUAUGCUCUGGUGACAGAGAAGGGAGGCCUGGUGGAGGUUAUCAACAAGAAGAUCUGGAGGGAGAUCACCAAGGGUCUCAACCUCCCCACAUCCAUCACCAGCGCAGCCUUUACGCUCCGCACCCAGUAUAUGAAGUACCUGUACCCAUUUGAGUGUGAGAAGAAGGGCCUGAGUUCUCCAGGUGAGCUGCAGGCUGCCAUCGACAGUAACCGCAGAGAGGGCCGACGCCCGAGCUACACCAACAGCUUGUACCGCUACUCCCCCUCCCCAAGCUCCGCUCAACACCGCCUCUCUUCACCCACCAUGCAGACUACCCCGAACGGCCUGAAUUCAUCCGCCAGCCCAGUUCUGAAGAGAAACCCAGAUGAGAUGCCUACCCCUGUGAUGCCCGGCAGGCUGCCCAUGGCUCUGGCCCUGGGGCAGCAGCAGCAGCAACAGCUGGCACAAGCUGCCGCGCUGGAGAGUUUCAGAGAGAGGCUGGAGCGCAGCGCUGGAGGAGCCGCAGCCGACGGGCCAGAGAAGAAGAUGAUGAGGAUGGCCGAGGAGCAGCAGCGCCUCAUGCAGCAGGCCAUCCAACAAAACCUCCUGGCCUUCGCUUCUCACUUCAACCCCAUGAAUCUCAAACUUAACAAUGGACAUGAGAACAAACAGGAUAUGUCUCUGAGCAUCUCCACUAAUGGAGCAGCCAGUAUCAGUGUGUCUGUGGAGGUCAAUGGCACAGUUUACUCAGGAAAGCUGUUCGCCCAGAAGUCGGCUGCUCCUGCGGCGUCACAGGCUGUAAAUCUGGCAGGAACGAAUGGUUUCAGUGCCAAGUCCUCCUCGCAUAGUCCCUCCUCUUCAUCUUCCACUUCCUCUAAGGGACCAAAUUAAGCCUCACUUGACCUUAAAUGUGUCCUCAGCAAAAUUAUUUAGCACCAUGCAAAAACUGUGUGAACUCUUAACUAAACUGCUGUCUCCUAGGACCCCUCUAGUUGUGCUAGUUGACUUCCUGUUUGUCUACUCAAGCAGUGCAGAAAGUCAGCCGUACCACUUCAGGAAAUCUAUAACUUUUACAUUAUUUUUACAAUAUAAUGUGCUUUAAAUAAGUUUUGUCAAGAGGACAGAGAUGUUUAACCCCAAAGGCUUUAAAACUGACCAUAAUAUAGAUUCAGAUCAGAGUUUACCUUUGUGCCUGUUAGAUGUUUUUUCUUUUAAAUGGCUUUACAAGGUUCGUUCAGAAGUGUAUUUUGACUUUUCUUUGGUUUGUCAACUGCAUUUAUGUCUAAUUAUCUAACAGUUCUGUAGCUGCCUUUUUCCAUAGCCAUAGUAGAACAGUAUGGUUGCCAAAAUGCAGCUAAUGAAGACCAAAAAGCCUUAGCUCAAUGUCAUAGCUCCUGUCUGUAACUGUUUUACUGGAGCCAUUUUGUACCCCUUUUAGUUAAAAUUUGGUUUAACCCGACCGAAAGCUCAUAGUUUAAUAGCAGCUUUCCAGGUUUAUGUAUAAAAAAAAAAAAAAUUUGAGAAAUGUUUUGCAGGUUGGAUUUUUGUAUGUUUUGUAUUGUGUUUCAUUUUAUCUUUUUUUUUAUAUUUAAUCAUUUGGCUCAGCCUCAAAUUAAUUUCAAAACAUUGAUUUCAUGUCAGCUUUGAAUCAAAGGCAAAACCAGAGAGACGGUUUUGCUGAGACUUAUAUGUAGGGUGGAAGUGGUUCAACAUUUACCUCAAUUGACUUUCCAUGUUGGUAAGUUUCUCGGGAAUUUCUUCUGGACUCAGGAAUGUCCUUUUGGACUCAUCACUGUUAUUCUGUAUCUUAUAAUAUAUAUUGCUGUGUUGUGUUUGCAUUAAUGCAGAGAAUGUAUCACUAAUGACCUCAAGCUUUUGACAAGUGCACACUGAAACAGUGCUACCUCACUCUUCUAGAGAAAUAUGCAAUACUUAAUGCAGUGUGUUGGUUUAGACAUCUGCUGAAAUGGACUGUAUGUGGACAAUCAAGUAGACAUAUCAAUCAUGCAAACAAAUGUCACUGUGAACUUCAGAAAGCAAGGUGUAUGCUAAACUCUGUUUUGAUCUUUGCUGAACGUAUUUCUUGGACAUGUGGCCAUAAGGAAUAAAACCAUCUUGUGUGCUGUAGAAAGACUGUGUUUUGUU